AUGUCAGGAGAACCUACUACGCCUCCUGCUACUGCUAUACGACGAUCACGUCGCCGAAAUCCCCAAAAUGAGUCCUCGAAUAUAGACGAGACCUCUUCGUCAGUUGUCUCUGAAGAGAUAGAGAUCCUGACACAUUCCGGAGCCCAUUUCAGCUCCAAUAUCGCCGCUAUGAUACGGCAAAUCCUUUGCUCGUCUGGCGUAAGCGGAGCAAGGAUCAACACUUUCCGGAGCCCAUUCCAGCUCCAAUAUCGGAAUCCCAAAUGUGGCAGUGACUGGAUUCCACAAACUCUUUGUCAGCUGUUCUCCAGUGAUAGAGACCCUGACACUUUCCGGAGCCCAUUCCAGCUCCAAUAUCGGAAUCCCAAAUGUGGCAGUGACUGGAUUCCACACACUCUUUGUCAGCUGUUCUCCAGUGAUAGAGACCCUGACACUUUCCGGAGCCCAUUCCAGCUCCAAUAUCGCCGCUAUGAUACGGCAAACCCUUGCUUGUCAGGAUUAACUGGAGCAAGAUAUCAACACUCUUUCGAGUGGUCAAACUGA